AUGCGCGUUGAAGAACAAAAUUUAUUUGAAUCAAGGAUUAUAUUUAAAAACACACUCAGAUCGAUGCAAUCAACUCUCCUUCUCAAAUGGACCAAGGGUGGAUCUCAAGUUCGGUUUACCCACACAAAUAGAGUGGCGAAUCUACCAACACUCCCCCCUACCAUCACUGCUUCUUCAUCUCUCGUCAUGUCUCAAGUUCAGGCUCAGUUCAUGGCUUCUCGAGCAACUAACAUUGAGGCCAACGACGAUGGCCUUGACUUCCGAUUUUCUCAUCCCUUUAUAAACAGGAGGUCUCCCGUUAAUGCUUACAUCAUCACCCAUAAACAACUUUACCCUUCAAAAUAA